AUAGAAUCAGCAAAGAGAGAAUCUCGGCAAAGAGAGCGAGGCAGUGACACGGAAAUGAGGACUUUUUUUUCUUUUUCUUUUUUUAGCUCGAGACCGGCAAGAUGGCAGCGGACACGCAGGUUUCAGACACACUGAAGAAGUUUGCUGUGAAAGUGACUACAUCGAGUGUUAAAGAGCGCAAAGAAAUUUUAGGAGAACUGAAGGAAUGCAUAAAUGGAAAGAAUCUGCCUGAACCAGCUAUCAAAGGUCUAUGCAAGCUCUUUUGUCUUACCCUUCAUCGAUACAGGGAUGCAGCCUCUCGCCGUGCUGUGCUCUCUGUUAUUGACCUACUGGCCCAAUCACAGCCUGAUGCCAUUGCUGCCCACCUGUCUUCUGGCCUUCUCACCUGUGGAGUUGUCAGUAAGGGCAUAAUGCCAGGGAAGAGCACAGCAUCGGCUUCUUGUUGUGCCCUGCCAUGGACUUGCCUAAUAGUGCGUGUAGUCUUCCCCAUGCCAGAGAACAGAGAGGCACCCCAAUGGAAAAAACUGGUGGAGGUGCAGAGUCUGCUCUUCGCUGAGGUCAUGGGUGGAGCCUCCAAAAAUGCUAUCAAGUCUGUCACUAAGCGGCUUAACAAGUUGUGGAAAGAUAUCCCAGGGUUGGUUGAUCAGUACAUGAGCACCGUGUUGAGCUUGGACCAGAGUCUCUUCUCUCUGCCACUGCUGGCUGCGUGUGUGGACUUCUGCACCUCUCAAAAAGACAUGGCUACAAUCAGCAAGCACAAGGCAGCUAUCUUAGAUCUGUACUUGAAGACUGUGCUGAUGAGCAAAACCAGACCACUCCAGCACAUUCUGGCUAAAAGUGGUUCUCUGCUUCGCCAUGUUUCUCACUCUGAGUUCAAGGAGCAGCUCUUGCCCACUCUACAGAAAGCCCUGCUGCGUAGCCCUGAGAACUCCAUGCAGACCAUCUCCUCCAUGCUGGCUUCACUUACUCUUGAUCUCAGCCAGUAUGCUUUGGACAUUGGGAAGGGCCUUGCCAGCCAGCUGAAGGCGAGUAACGUGGAAUUAAUGGAGCAUGCAGUUCAGGCCAUGCAGAAUUUGGCCCAACAGUGUAGUGACCCAGCUGCCAUCCAGGAGCUCAUAACGCACCUCUUCGGCAUUCUUGGAGGUUCAGAGGGAAAACUCACUGUAGUGGCCCAAAAAAUGAAUGUGCUUUCAGGGAUUAAAAGCUGUAGCCGCCACUCAGUCUCUGGCUCCUCCAGCCAGUCACUCAGCUCCAGUGUGGCUCUGCAAUUUAUCCCGUUUUUGCAGCAUGAAGUACAUGAGGGGACACUGGUGCAUGCUGUGUCUGUGAUGUCUCAAUGGAUGGCACAUCUGAAUGUGGAGGUUCCAGCUGCUCUGAGAGACUGGCUUAAGAAAGCCUUCACACUGAAGUCCUCCACCUCCCCUGUGCGCCACGCCUACCUGCAGGCCAUGCUCAGAGCCUUCAAAGGAGACACCUUGAGCCAGGCUGUGGAUCUCGUUCCUCUCCUCAUCCAGACGGUAGAGAAAGCGGCUGCUCAGAGCUCCCAGCAUGCUCUUCUCUCUGAGGCCGUGGCAGCUUCAGUGCUGCUAUGUCACCUCUCCAUGCUGGACUCAAUUCCUGAAUCUAAACUGAUCACCUUUUGGAACCUGAUUUUGGAUGAGAAAAAACCACUCUUUACCACAGAGAAAUUUCUUGGGCAGACCAGUGAGGAAGCACUGUGCACUGUACUGCAGCUGUGUGAGAGACUGUUCCUGGACCAGCCGCAGAGGCUCAAUAACAGCAAGGCUCAGAUGUACCACCGGGCCAUGGUGGCUGUGCUCCUGUGCCGAGUGUAUCAGGUACGGAAGCGUGCCCAUCAGAGCAUAAAGAAACUUCUUUCCUCACUGGGUGGCUCUAGCCUUGCCCACGGCCUUCUGGGAGAACUGUGUGUCGUCAUCAACAAACAUAAGGUUUUGCCUCCAGAGGCUCUUCAGACUGAGACAGGAGAAUGGACUGAGUUGGGUCGCUUAUAUAUCCCUCCAUGGAUCCUCUUAGAGGCUCUGAGGGUGCUGUGCUCAGCAGCAGGCCAGUGGAAUGACUCCAGCGAGGCUGAAAAACUGGCCCUAGAUAUGAUUAUCGUGGCCCACCAUCCCUCCAUUGUGGCUGUCAAAUCAGAAUUGUGGCCUUUGCUGUUGUCUAGCAUGAAGAUGGAUGCUGCUGUGUUUAUUGACCAACAUAUGCAGACAAUCCUCCCUCUACUGCUGGAGGGAAAUGCUGACAACCAGGCUGUAAAAAAUGCCAUUGGGGAGUUGUCAGUCCUUUCUCCUGGGAAACUGCUCCCUUGUGUAAUGAACCAUGUGAUCCAGAGGCUGUCCAAUCCAUCGCUGAAGCAGGUGACACGUCAGGAAUAUGCCAUCAUGAAGACACCGGAGGGGGAGCUGUAUGACAAGAGCAUCAUCAUGAGCGCCCAGCAAGAGAGCAUUAAAAAGGGCAACAUGAAGAGAGAAAAUAAGGCAUACUCCUUCAAAGAACAGAUAAUCGAACUUGAGCUACAGGAAGAAAUCAGAAAGAAGAAAGGAAUUAAAGACGAGGUGCAGCUUACUAGCAAACAAAGGGACAUGAUGCAGAACCAGCUGGAGAAAGAGUCCUCUAUCCGGAAGAAACUGCAACGGUUGGAGAUGGAGUUGCAGUGUACAGUGGGGCUUUUGGAGGCCAUUAUGGCUCGUCACCCUCCUCAGAUUUCUCACCACAUUCCUGGAGUCCUUCAUGUGCUCUUGCCCCUCCUGCACUCACCAUUAGCUGCUCCCCAUGUGCACCAAACCUUCCUCCAUAUUGGCACAUGCGUCCUGCAAAAGCAGCUGCACUUCCUAGCUCUUCUUGUGGGUCAUGUGACCUUGCGUCUGUUGAAGCCGGAAUGUGAGCUGGACCCAGCAUGGUCUCAGGAGGAACUGAACACAGCUUCACACCGGACCAUCCAACUGCUGCAUACACACACAGUGCCACAUAGAGAGGGCAAGACUGGUGCGCGCCCUCUGUCUGCACCGGCUUUCUCUUUCUGUUUCCCACUGCUGCAGGCCAUCCUCAGCGUAAAUAGCGGCACAUCUGAGGAGGCAGAGCUCAUGCUGACACAUGCCCUACAGAUCAUUCACACACACUCUCAGUUGCGCUCCAGCAAUGAUCCCACUGAUGUACUUAUCGAUGAGAAUGGUCCGGAGCUUCUCCCCCGUGUGAACAUGCUAUUGCUGCUCAGCGAAGUGAUUGGUACCUCCACACCACGACUGCAGGUGCUAGCUUCAGAAUGUCUAACAGCUCUUUGUGCAAGUGCUGGAGGGCAGGAGGGCUGUGCAUUGGCUGAGCAAGCUGAGAUUGAUGUGCUUCUAGAAGCCCUGCUCUCUCCCUGUUUUUCUGUUAGAGAUGCGGCCCUCAGGGGUCUUUUGGAGCUGGAGCUGGCUUUGCCCACAGAUAGUGUCGAGCCCAAUGGGCUCAAUGUGCUCAGGAGACUGUGGGUGGCCAAAUUUGAUGUGGAGGAGGAAGCCAGAGCGCUAGCUGACAAAAUGUGGCAGACUCUGUGUCUGGAGUUGGUUCCUGAGCUGUGUCCACUGCUGAUCAAAGAUGUGACACACCAUGAGGAAACAGUGAGGGCGGCGGCAGCCGAGGCUUUAGCCAGUGCUGUGAGUCAAUACCAGGAAGAAUCAUCUACGGUUCUGUCCCAGCUUACCGAGCUCUACCAGCAGAAACUUUAUAGACCACCACCAGUCCUGGACGCUUUGGGACGGGUAAUCUCAGAAGCACCUCCUGACCAGUGGGCAGCAAGGUGCGGGAUAGCACUGGCUCUUAAUAAGCUCUCUCAGUGGCUAAGGGAGGAUCAGGUGACUCCCAUCUUUCUGUUUUUUGUACCUGACGCUCUGAACGACAGGCACAGUGAGGUGCGACGCUGCAUGCUGGAUGCUGCAGUGUCUGUCCUCAACACCCACGGCAAGGACAAUGUGAACUCUCUGCUGCCCGUGUUUGAGGAGUUCCUGAAGAACGCUCCUCAAGAUGCCAGCUAUGACUCAGUACGUCAGAGUGUGGUCAUUCUCAUGGGCUCACUGGCCAAACACCUGGACAAGAGUGACCCUAAAGUCAAGCCCAUAGUCGCCAAGCUCAUCACUACUCUCUCCACUCCCUCUCAGCAGGUCCAGGAGUCCGUGGCCAGUUGCUUGCCUCCUCUGGUGCCCGCUAUAAAGGAGGAUGCAGGUGACAUGGUGCGCAAGCUGCUGCAGCUGCUGCUGGAGAGUGACAAGUAUGCAGAGAGGAAAGGUGCUGCCUACGGCUUAGCUGGCUUAGUAAAGGGCCUGGGCAUCCUCUCACUCAAACAGCAAGACAUCAUGACCACGCUCACUGAUGCCAUUCAGGACAAAAAGAAUGCCAGACGCAGAGAGGGUGCGCUGUUUGCUUUCGAAAUGCUGUGCAACAUGCUGGGGAAACUGUUUGAGCCAUAUGUGGUGCAUGUGCUGCCCCACCUUCUCCUCUGCUUUGGAGACGGGAACCAGUAUGUCAGAGAGGCAGCAGAUGACUGUGCCAAAGCUGUAAUGCGCAAUCUGAGUGCUCAUGGGGUGAAGUUGGUUCUGCCCUCUCUCCUUGUAGCCCUAGAGGAAGAGUCCUGGAGGACCAAAGCAGGCUCAGUGGAGUUGCUCGGUGCCAUGGCAUUUUGUGCCCCUAAACAGCUGUCAUCAUGUCUGCCCAGCAUUGUGCCCAAGCUGACCGAGGUUCUCACUGACUCACACGUCAAAGUGCAGAAAGCUGGGCAGCAGGCACUGCGUCAGAUUGGCUCAGUCAUCCGCAACCCUGAGAUCCAGGCCAUCACUCCCAUUCUGCUGGAUGCUCUUACGGACCCGUCACACAAGACGCAGCACUGUCUGCACACUCUGCUUGAGACCAAAUUUGUGCACUUUAUUGAUGCUCCCUCACUGGCUCUCAUCAUGCCCAUAGUCCAGAGGGCCUUUCAGGACCGGUCCACGGACACACGCAAAAUGGCUGCACAGAUCAUCGGCAACAUGUACUCCCUCACUGACCAGAAGGAUCUCUCUCCGUACCUGCCUAGUGUGAUUCCGGGACUGAAAACAUCCCUACUGGAUCCUGUACCAGAGGUGCGUACAGUGUCGGCGAAGGCUCUUGGUGCUAUGGUCAAGGGCAUGGGCGAGUCCUGCUUUGAUGAUCUGCUCCCCUGGCUGAUGGAGACUCUAGCCUCUGAGCAGAGCUCUGUGGAUCGCUCUGGAGCUGCACAGGGUCUGGCAGAGGUGAUGGCUGGCUUAGGUGUCGAGAAGCUGGACAAACUGAUGCCCGAUGUUGUCCAGACGGCCAGCAAAGUGGACAUUGCUUCUCAUGUGCGCGAUGGCUAUAUCAUGAUGUUCAUCUACCUCCCACUCACCUUUGGUGAAAGGUUCACUCCCUAUGUAGGCCCGAUUAUUCCCUGUAUCCUCAAGGCUCUAGCCGAUGAGAAUGAGUAUGUAAGAGACACAGCACUGAGAGCAGGCCAGCGCAUCAUCAGUAUGUAUGCAGAGACGGCCAUUGCCCUGCUGCUGCCUGAGCUGGAACAAGGCUUGUUUGAUGACCUCUGGAGGAUCAGGUUCAGCUCAGUGCAGUUGCUAGGAGACCUGCUCUUCCACAUCUCAGGGGUUUCAGGGAAGAUGACAACAGAGACCGCUUCCGAGGAUGACAACUUCGGCACAGCACAGUCCAACAAGGCCAUUAUUGGCGCACUGGGAGUGGAGCGAAGGAACCGUGUGCUCUCUGGCCUCUAUAUGGGUCGCUCAGACACACAGCUUGUGGUGAGACAGGCCUCCCUGCAUGUCUGGAAGAUUGUGGUGGCCAACACUCCGCGUACACUUCGAGAAAUUCUGCCUACACUCUUCUCCCUGCUGCUGGGCUUCCUGGCCUCUACCUGCCCCGACAAGAGAACGAUCGCAGCUCGUACUUUGGGGGAUUUGGUGAGGAAGCUGGGGGAGAAGAUCCUUCCGGAAAUCAUCCCCAUUCUGGAGGAGGGUCUGCGAUCUGAGAAGAGCGAUGAGAGGCAGGGUGUGUGCAUCGGUCUCAGCGAAAUUAUGAAAUCCACCAGCAAAGAUGCUGUGCUGGUGUUCUCUGAGUCCUUAGUGCCUACAGUGCGUAAAGCUUUGUGUGACCCACUAGAGGAUGUGCGUGAGGCUGCAGCUAAAACCUUUGAACAGCUACACGCCACCAUUGGCCACCAAGCACUGGACGACAUCCUCCCUGCUCUGCUUAAACAACUGGAGGAUGAGGAAACUGCUGAGUUUGCUCUGGACGGAUUGAAGCAAGUUAUGGCUGUGAAGAGUCGUUCAGUGCUGCCUUACUUGGUGCCCAAGCUCACUGCUCCCCCAGUGAAUACACGUGUGCUGGCCUUCCUGUCUGCUGUGACGGGUGAUGCUCUGACACGUCACCUGGGUGUGAUUCUGCCUGCUUUGCUCUCAUCCCUCAAAGAAAAGCUGGGCACUGAGGAGGGGCCUCAGGAGUUAAGCAGCUGCCAGACUGUGAUUUUGUCUGUUGAAGAUGAAGUGGGUCAGCGGAUCAUCAUUGAGGACCUGCUGGAGGCAACUCGCGGUGCAGAUGCUGGACGCAGGGAGGCAUCUGUUACCAUCUUAAAUGCCUACUUCUCCCGAACACGGCUUGACUACAGCACUCACACACGGACGCUGCUAUCCGGCCUUGUGCGUCUGCUCAACGACCCCAGCCCUGAGGUGCUCCAUCAGAGCUGGGACACUAUCAACUCCAUCACCAAGAAGUUGGAUGCUGGAAGUCAGCUGGCUCUGAUUGAUGACUUGCACAGAGAUAUCCGUUCAGCAGCAGCUGAAGUUAGGGGUGAACAUCUGCCUGGCUUCUGUCUGCCCAAAAAGGGAGUGACAUGUAUUUUGCCUGUUUUGAGAGAGGGAGUGCUGACAGGAAGCCCAGAGCAGAAGGAGGAAGCAGCACGUGCAUUAGGUGCUGUCAUCAAGCUGACUUCUUCUGAGGCUCUGCGGCCCUCUGUGGUCAAUAUCACUGGGCCGCUCAUCCGUAUACUCGGAGACCGUUUUGCCUGGACUGUGAAGACAGCUCUGCUUGAGACCUUGACCCUUCUGCUUCGCAAGGUGGGCAUAGUGCUGAAGCCGUUCCUUCCACAGCUCCAGACCACAUUCCUGAAGGCCCUGCAGGACACGAGCAGACCUGUGAGGCUCAGAGCCGCCGAGGCUCUGGGACAACUUGUUUCAAUACACUCAAAAGUGGACCCAUUGUUUACAGAGCAGCUCUCAGCCAUUCGCAACGCUGAGGACUCAGGCGUCAGGGAGACCAUGCUGCAAGCCCUGAGGUUUGUCAUUCAAGGUGCUGGAGCUAAAGUCGACCCUGCCAUCAAGAAGAAUAUCACCACCACGUUGCUAGGCAUGCUGGGACAUGAUGAGGAUGCCACACGUAUGGCCUCUGCUGGAUGUGUUGGUGUGUUGUGUGCCUUCCUGUCUGAAGAAGAGCUGAGGACUGUUCUACAGCAGCAUGUCCUUGCGGAUGUGUCAGGAGUGGACUGGAUGGUGCGCCAUGGCCGCAGCAUGGCUCUCGCUAUAGCUGUGAAGUCUGCACCGGAACAGCUGUGUGCUCCAGAGUAUAGUUCCACCGUACUGGAUGUCAUUUUAUCCAGCACCACUGCAGACAGAAUACCCAUAGCUUGCAGUGGGAUCAGGGCAAUGGGUUACCUCCUGAGACACCAGCUCAGAUCAGCUGGAGAAGAUGCUGUCUCACCUCGUAUUAUCACUCAAUUGGUCAAGAGUCUGCAAAAUCAUUCGAGUGAUAUCCGUCUGGUGACAGAGCGAGUGCUGUGGUGGGUGUGGAAGGAAGCGGACACCCCAGUCCUGGAGCCUAGUCUGAUUAAACCAAUCAUCAAAGCCCUGCUGGACAACACCAAAGACAAGAACACCAGUGUACGUGCUCAGAGCGAACAUACCAUUGUCAACCUGCUACGACUCCGCCAAGGAGAUACUGUCAUGCAGAAUAUCAGUGGCAUCUUAGACUCGGCCAGUAAUGAGCUGUUGUCUGAGUGUUACCGUCGAUCACUGAAGAAGAUCUCAGGUCUGCCUGACUCCAAUGAAGAAAUUGAUGAUACUAUCCUCACGUGAUCUGCCCAAAUCAGCUCUCCAAGAUAGUCCAUCAGUCCAUUCUGAUUUAAUAGAGGAUAUGAUGGCUUCACAUGGCUGUCAGUUAUGAAAUGAGAAAACACCACAGAAAAUGUAUUUCUGACUUUUCCAAAUAUUUUUCUCCUAUUGCAUUUACAAAGCAACAAAAUUGUUUCUCAUUUAUGCCAGUUCUAAUCAAAUGUUAACAUACUUCUGAUACCCAGUUUUGAUUUUUAUUGGUUGAGCACCAGUAUUCAUUUUAGCCUGUAUUUUCAGUAUUGUAAUGUUAUUCACUGAGUGUGUAUGUUGAGAGUGGGGCAACCUAAAGGAUGAGACACUGAUUUUUUAAAUCAGCGCUGUAUCCUUUGAUAGUGGUUAUAUAAAUAAAAGAAGAGAAAACCUUUAAUGAUUUAA